AUGCAAGAGUCCGCGGGGGUGGAGGCCGCUAGUUGCCGUCCUUACUGUGGGUCCCUUGGGUUCCGUCAGUUGCAGGAGGUCUCCCUGAUGCACCUCCGGGAGGCGGCAGAGAACUACAACCUUUCCCACCGCUUUGAGGCCAAGUUUGACCGCCUGCUGCAGAAGCACGAGCGCCUGGAGCUGGUGGCCAACGAGUCCCACGCCUCCACCCGCAAGGAACUGCAGACUGGGCUGAAGGCGCUCCGGAGGCGAGGCAGGGAGCAGGGGCUGAAGAUCAGAGCCCUGGAGGAGUCCUUGCGCGAGCACCGGCGGGGCCUGGCGGAGGGGCAGCCGCGGCAGGGGUGCCUGUCUAACCUCACCCGGGAGCUGGAGGGCCACAGGGAGGACUUCCGCGCCGUGGCCGCCCGCCAGCGGGGCCUGCAGAAGGCGCUGGAGAGCCUCCGGGAUGCCCUCAAGAGCCAGGGGGGCCGGCUGGGUGAGAUGGAGCAGGUGCUGAAGGGCUCCAGGCUGAACGAGGCCCCGCCCGGGUCUCGGACUGCAGCCCCUCUCCUGAACCCGGAGAAGGGCCCGGAGGCAGCAGGAGGGCAGAGCCCCACCUCAAAGAAGCUGCACCCCGAGCCCCGGCCCGGGAAGGGGCUGCGGCAGGAGGGCAGCCGCGGGGAGGCCCCAGCUCAGAGCCGAGCAGUGGUGCUCCAGCAGAGGGGGAGCCUGCUGGGCCUUUCCCCGCCGCAGGCCGAACCGGUGCCAGCCCCUUCGCCCGAGCAGCCAAGGCUCCGAGAAUGGCCUCCUGGCCCGAUCAAAGCCCCAGGAGGGGAGAAGCUGCCAGAAGGGCCCCAGAAGCCAAGCACAAGGUCCGUAGCUCAGGAAGGAGGGCACCGGUUUGCACGUAGAAAGAAGCACCUGGAGUCAAUUCCUGGCAGUCUCCCCACCUCUCUCCCUUCCCCGCUUCUCUUCCCUGCAGGGUGCAAUGUAGGCGCCAUGCUGGUUUUCCCCAAUGCUUCCACCGAGAACUUCGCAGCCUUCCAGCCCAGCUUCCAGACUGGCUUGCUUGAACUGAGCCUCUGUAGCUGGGUGAGGACCGACGCCAGUUAUCUGGGCACGAUCCUGUCUUAUGCUACGGAGGAGAAUGACAACAAGCUGGUGCUCCAUGGCAGGGAUGCUGCCCCCCGCAACUCCAUCCACUUUGUGAUUGGCGACCCUGCUUUCCGGGAGCUGCCAGUGGGGCCAGUCUUGGAUGGCAAGUGGCACCACGUCUGCGUCAUCUGGUCCUCCAUCCGGGGACGUUACUGGUUCUACGUGGACAGAAGGCUGGCCUCCCUGGGCUCCAACUUCCAGAAGGGCUAUGAGAUUCCACCCCAAGGGUCGCUCCUUCUCGGCCAGGAGCAAGACACAGUGGGCGGAGGGUUCGAACCCUCCGAAUCCUUCGUGGGGCUCCUGGCUGGCUUUGCCGUGUGGGGCCGUGCUUUGCUGCCCGGGGAGGUCUCCAGUAUCGCCCUUGGGAAAGGCCUGCCCCGUCGGACAAUCCUCACCUUAGCCAAUGUCUCCCUGCUCAGCGGUUCUGUGCAGAAGGUGGACUGCACUUGCCUUGAGCACUGCCUGUGAUUCCCCCCCAGCAGAAACCCCGAAGGCUGCCCGUCGUCCGACUGGCGGGAACUAGCUCAGCUGGAUUUUCUCCAGAGAAGGGAUCCUGCUGAAGGGGCUGGGUCAAUCCGAGGGCAGCAGCCGUAGCCCCAAAUGCCGCUCCCGACCUCCCUUCAAAUGCAGCCAUUAACUGCCAACGUGUGACUGAGCAGUCUGUACUUUAUAUAUUUCCAAUUUAAUCAGUGGGAUGCUCUUCAGCCCACGUGCUUCAGCUGGGUGCCCUACCCCUGCUCAACUCCACCUUAUGCCCUCUGCUUCCCUCGAUCCUUUGAGCCUGUAGCCGGAGAGUGAUCCUGUUCUUUCCUCAGCUCUGCUGUCAGUCUGGCAGACUAAGUCAUGCCCCCAAAUGGAUGGUUGCAGUUGUGGGCUUGGGGCAGGUAUGGCUUGCAUAUUGGCACAAGUCACCAAACCAGCACCCCCUGCUCAAACAGGUGCUAAAUCAUGCCAACUGCACAAUUGUGGAAAUCAUGAAAAUUAGGGUCCAAGUAUUGUUUAUUCCCAGGAUAUUUGUACAGAGGAAGGGGUGAGGGAACCAUUAUUACUGUACAGAGUUUGUUCCGGCCUCUUCCUUCUGGCCUGGGGAGAAUUAACAGAAAGAAAAAAAAUUGUUGAAAUUGUCAUGUGCCAUUUUCAUAACAAGAUUUAAAAAAAAAAUGACAGUGGACAUUGUUGGUAAAUCAUAUUAGUUUCCUCCAACAUGAACGUUCCUUCGUUUUCUCUUUCUAAGAUCCAAUGGAUUCACUCUGCCUGUCACAUUUCUCAAGCCAGUUCUGGCUCCCUGUUUCUGCUUAUCUUUGCUGUGUGUAUAAUACAUUGGAGAGAACCACCAUCUUCAUUUUAUUGUUGAAAAUAACUGUUUUGACUUGAAGCAAUAAAUAUCUAUUCAAGGCCUUGGACGUUC